UAACUUGCGCAGAGGCGUGCACGCAACUGCGCGUGCCCUAGGUGGGGAGAAGAGAGUGCGCGAGCGCCGGCGCUCGUCACCGUGGAGACAGGAGCGGCAGAGAGGCAGAGCCGGGCGGGGUGAGCUUGACUAGUGGCAGAGAGCGAGGCCUUGGGCUUGUGCCCGCUGCCAUGUAGGAGGGGUAGCUAGGAGCGGAGCCAUGGGGUGGAAGGGCCGCUGAUCGGCCGUAGUGAGGCUCAGGCCGCCGCCAGCGCCGCCCGCUGUUGGGGAGUAUGCCCAUGGAUCCGAGUGUGGCCGACAGCCCGGUGACUCUAGUGAUUAGAACGCCGAACCAGAAGUACGAUGACCAGACGGUGCGUUGUUUCCUCGAUUGGACCGUGGGACGCCUCAAGAGCCACCUGGCGUGUGUGUACCCCAGCCGCCCGUCCACCAAGGAUCAGAGACUUGUAUAUUCUGGAAAGCUUCUUCAUGAUCACUUACAGUUGAAGGACAUUUUCAGAAAGCAAGAUGAGUAUCACAUGGUUCAUCUAGUCUGUUCUUCAAGGUCUCCUUCAGGAUCACCAAAACCCAGUGACAGGAACAAUGGAAUGACAAUAACCAGCAGUGGUACCAUGAGUUCUGAAAAUUCAAGUACCCCAGCACCCACUGCAUCUUCAAGUCAAGAAUCUGUAAGUGGACACCCAGCUUCCAAUCCCACUGAUCUGAGGCAUCGUAGCCCCUCUCAGGUUACUUUAAACCUUGCACAGAGCCAAAGACUCCAACGUGUGAUCCAAGGACAUGGAGGAGGCCAGGUUCCUAUGCAACCAGUGAUUCCAGUUGGCUUUCCAGUUUAUUCCAUGUACAGUCCACAUGUGCUCUGGUGGCAGCAAAUGUAUGCUCGACAGUACUACUGGCAGUACCAUGCAGCCGCUAGGCUGUCAGGUCCAGCUGGUGCUCAGACCUCUGGUCCAACAGCCUCAGAGCCAGUGAAUCCGGAGCCUCAUCAGCCAGAUGAUGCCCCAGCUGCUCCUGUUGCAGCUGCCCCAGAGAACAGGCCCUUCAACCAGAACAUACAGAUGAAUGCCCAAGGGGGCCCAGUGCUCAACGACGAGGACCUGAAUCGUGACUGGUUGGACUGGAUGUACACUAUGUCUCGUGCGGGCAUCUUGCUGAGUAUCGUCUACUUCUACUCUUCUUUCAGUCGUUUUGUCAUGGUGAUGGGAGCGAUCCUGCUUGUUUAUUUGUAUCAAGCUGGAUGGUUCCCAUUCAGGCAGGAUGCACCAAAUGGACAUCCAGCAAAUCAACCAGCAGAUUUCAACCAGGAAGCACAGGAGGAUAAUGCCCUUGAAGUACAUGAAAUGGAGCGUCUCAUGGACGAAGGUCUGGACGACGAUAGCUGGGAGAGUGGUGAGAGCGGUGACAGUGGAGAUGACACCACGGAAAGUGCAGGGGGGGCAGAGCCCCCUGGUUUCAUGGCUUCAGCGUGGUCGUUCGUCACCACCUUCUUCACCUCUCUCAUUCCUGAAGGUCCCCCUCAAGUUGGCAACUAGGACGUGCAGUGGACUUUUCAACAUUGCUGCUCCCUACAGUUGUAUAUUUAAGUGACACUGAAAAGAAACUCCAAACACCUCAGAUGUGGAAGUGUGCCCAACCCUUUUUUUUGCAUUGUUAUUGCUGCUGCAGUCCCCAUGGGGUUCAGUUUGUUGAGUUGUUCUCCAGAUCAAAUCAUCCUUUGAUUGCGCCCAACAUUCAGCACGCACUAAUGAAAAUUCCUACAUGAACUAAAAAUGAAAUUGAAAGGAAAUUGCAUAUUUUUCUGUUUCUUUUUGUUAUAACUGCCAUCAGUUGGUAUUUUGGUUAUGGUGCUGGUGGUGGAGAUACAUAAAUGGAACAGUUCUUGCUGGUUGACACUUGGAUAAGGAGGAAUCUGUUUGGUUAACAUUACAUCUUCUGGCUAACUUGUAAGGCUACAUGUGCAAUCUAAAUUUGCUAACAUAUCAGUCACACAUGGAAUUACUUUCUUGGCUUCAGCAUUUUUCAUUAGUUGCCAGCCUAAGACUCUGGAGCAGUUUCCUGGCACAAGGUUGCUGGCAGUUGACUGAUUAGUUUGGACUUUGAAGCUUUGCUGGUAGUUUGCGGUUGGCUUCAUUUGAUUUGUAUUUUGAUCUGAGUUUGAGGUAAUUUCCCCUCCCCCCCCCUCCCCCCCCCCCAAUAUUUUACCUGAUAUCUGGGUUUGUGCUUAUUGGUAGCAGUAAACAAUUUAAUCUCAACUUCGAUCACUUGACACUCUGGGGCUUACAUGAAAAAAGCUGUAGUUUGGGAUUUCAGAGACAAAUCCAAUGUAAUUUGUACUUGUUAUAUACAUACUUUUUAAAAUUGCUUUUACAUUUUAAAAAGUCAUUUUAGAAUUGUAUAUUUUACUGCCUUUUAGGCAUUGAAGACAUAACUGUUCAAUCGGCUGUUUUCAUUUGGAGAUGGUUAGAGAUGGUAAUGUGACUCGUGCAUAUGUUACUGAUGUAGUGGAAGUGUGAGAGCAUAGCAGUGUAAAUAUGUGAUCUGUUUGAGUGUUCCUAGCCUGAACAGCAAUAAAUGCUACAUAUAGAAUUAGCAGCACUGUUUGGUACUUCAGAAGGCCAAAUAAACUCGGUGUCUGCAGCAUGCUAACAUACUUUUAACAAUACUGUCACAGCAAAAUACUGUUUGCUAGAGGGAAAGAGCAAAUAAUGAUUAUUUGAAUAAACAUUGACACAUGCAUAUAGUGUCGCAUGAAAGGGCCAUAUACCCUCAGUGUUUUGUUACAACUGAAAUUCACAACCUCCCUGAACUCAAAGGAACUUUCUUUUUGUCCAGUUAAGUGUAAUAAGAAUGGUACGAAGGGCAUGUAGGGGUGCCCAGCAUUAUUGCUGGAUUCACAAGCACGCCUGUGUUAUUCAUUAAAGAACACGCGUUUGGAUCACACUGCAGCAGCAGGAGUUUAAGUAAAAGUAAAACUAGAGUAAAGCUGGCAACGUGUGAUUAUGGUCAUGAAACUGUUGAAUUAUUGUAAAAACACAUCUGUCUCACUAAUAAUCUGAGAAAAGAAAAUCUGCCACCCUUGCCUACUUUGGUGAGUUUGCCUGCGUGGUUUAAACGCUUCAAUGUAGAUCUCUCUCAACUGAUCUUAAUGUCAUCAAGUCCAAGGACUAGGUGUAGGUGGGCAACGAUGCCAGUGUCGUGCACAUCCUGAUGAAUAAAAAUAAAAGUGUCCUAAAUUAAUAUCUUUGGUCCCUCAGAUUUUCUCUGAAGGCUGGGUGCACCUGGCGUGUCUUGGGCAAGUGUUUCUGGUUCCUGUGGCCUAUUUCUGCUGUUGCUCAGUGUCAAGGUUCCUCAUCCACUUCAGUCUCCUCCUUUGACGAGCAGAAAGCUUUCAUUUCACCCCAUGUAUUUGAUCAUCAAGUCACGUGGAGGUAAAAUCUUAGCCUCUAGUUACAGGAACCAGUUGUGUCUGCUCUACAGUUUUACAUUCAGUGGAUCAGUGAAAUUCCGUUGCUGCUGCAAUUUAUCAUAAUCUGUAAAUACCACUUUAUUUUAGUCCAGUAUAGUGUAUGACAGUGUAAUGGAAUUCCAUGUCUGGGUUGGGUUUUUUAUAUAUAUAUAUCACUACAUCAAGGUUUGUUGGACUGUUCUUGUGCCAAAUUUCAUUUCUAUACAUCCGACCAGUUUGAAGAACUGAAGGUGGCAAAAGGCCUCUUUUACAUUUGCCAAUCAUGGCCAUUAACUGCUCUGUUCCUGAAAUGAGAUUGAUGAGAAUGCAUCAACUUUUUUAGGGUAGUAUCUUUAUGCAGAAGUAAAAUAAGCACAUGUCUUUUUAACCAUAUUCCUUUUGUAGCUACAAAAGUAGCUGUGUGAUAUUUUAGGAAAGCUAAAGGUUUGUAUUUCUUUAUUUCCAUUAUUUAGCUAGGAACUUCUGUCUGGAAGCUACAGGUGUAUUUUCCCUAUGUAAUGUAUACAGCCAGCUCCCAUAGGCAAAAGAAAAUAACGACUAGCAUUUUGUUACCUUUUACAUCAGUGUAGACAGGGAUUCAAUUCCUCAUCCCCUGCUACAGCAGGACACUUUGAGAACUCCACACAAAUCCAAGUUGCUGAUUUUAGUCUCAGUCUGUCAUAAAGAUCCUCAGACUAAAUUUGACAAUAAACCAAAGGAGGCACCAGGACGUGAAAAACAAACACCUCCGAUCUCUGUGGGAGAAGAAACUUCUCUUUAAGCCAUCCUCCCUUGGUAAGGUCAGGGAAAGGGAAAAAAAUAAGCCUGGUAUCACAGGCAGUAGCUCUACUAGUCAUGCCACUCACCAUCAUUAUCAGACCUAGGUUCAUUCCUAACUUCAGAGCUGUCUAGAGUUUGCACGUUCUCCUUGUGACUGCAUGUGUUUCUCCUGGGUGCUCAGUUUCCACGCACAUCCCAAAGGCACGUGGUUUGCUAUUGUAAAUUGCUUCCAAGUGUGUGAGGGGUAGAAUGUGGGGAGAAUUAAAUGAAAUUGGUAUAAAUAAAUGGCUUCUGGUAAGCAUGGACUUGAAGGGCCAAAGGGCUUUUUUCUGUGUUGUAUAUUUGUCUGUUAAAUUUAGUUAAAGAUUUGGUGAUAAUUAAUUAGGUAUGGCCAGGGUCACUGUUUUAUUGUCAUUUCAACCAUAACUGCUGGUACAGUUGAGGCAUGAUUGCCAAUGGGUGGAUAAUAGACUGAUUUGAUUGCUUUGUGGCCAAGUUUGCAGAUAAUACAAAGUUAGAUGGAGAAGCAGGUAGUGUGGAGGAGGCAGAGAGUUUGCAGAAGGACUUGGACAGAUUUGAAGAAUGGACAAUUAGGUAGCAGAUGCAAUAGAGUGCAGGGAAGUGUAUAAUCAUGCACUUUCAUGAAAAGGAAUAAAGAAAUUCUAAAUAAGCAACACAUUCAGAAAUAAGAGGUGCAAGGGGACGAAUCAUCAUGCAGGAUUCUCUAAAGGUUAAUUUGCAGUUUGCCUUGAUAGUAAGGAAGGCAAAUGCAAUGUUAGCAUUCAGUUUGAGAGUAGAAUAUAAUACUGAGGCUUUAAGGUCAUACUGCACUUAGAGUAUUGACAGCAGUUUUGGGCCUGUUAUCAUGCUGCCAUAGGAGAGGCCAGAGAUUGUUUGAGACUGAUCCAAGGAAUGAAAGAAUUAAUGUAUGGGGAAUGUGUGAUAGCUCUGGGCCUGUACUUGACUGAAGUACAUUUAAAGAAUGUGGGGAGGUCUCACUGAAACCUUUUGAAAAUUGAAGGGCCUAGACAGAAUGGAUGUGGAGAGGAUGUUUCCUAUAGUGGAGAAGUCUCGGACCAGAAAUCCUGGAGGACGUCCCUUUAGAUAAGAGAUGAGGAAUUUCUUUAGCUGGAGAGUGGUGAAUCUUUAAUUCAUUCAGACAAAUGACUGUGGAGACCAGGUACUGGACAUAGUUAAAGUGAAUGGGGUUAAGAUAAAUAAUAAAUCUGGCAUGGUGGAGCAGAUUUGAUGGGUUGAAGGUCUUAAUUCUGCUCCUAUGGUCUUGUCAUAGAUCCAACACUUGUUCCAACCAGCCCCUUGAGCCUCUGAGGUUGCACCUCAUCUACUUUCCUGUGUGUUACACUUGCAGAUUUAUGUGUCUACAGAACCUUCUGGUGCAAUGAGUUCCAAAGGCCCACAACACUCCAAAGAAUAAAUUCUUCCUCAUCCCCAUUCUUAAAUGGAGCUAACUUGUUCUGAAAUAAUGACCUCUGCUCUUGGACACCCAUGAAAAUGUCUGCACAACAUUUACUGUAAAGCCCCCCAAGACCCAUGUUUCAAUACUGGAAGGUUUCAGAUGCCACAAAGGUUGGUAGUGUGAAAGGUGUCAUAGGUUAUAACAGGGCAUUCAUAGGAUGCAGAGAUGGGCCGAGAAUUGGAAGAUGGAGUUUAAUCUGUAAAAAUUUGGAAGGUCAAUCUUGGAGGCAGAUUACAGGGUUUAAUGACAGGAUUACUAGCAGUCUGGGUGGAAGAGCAGAAAGAUUUAGGGCUCUAUGUCCAUCGAUCCCUCAAAGUUGCUAUACAAGUUGAUAUAGUGAUCAAGUUGUCCUUCAUCAUUUGGGGGGGGUUUGCGUUUAUACGCCAAGUGGUAAUGUUGCAGCUCUAUAAAACUGUCAUUACACCAAGAGUAUUGUUCAGUUCUGGUUGCAUCAUUAUAGGAAGGAAUUGGAAGUUUUGGAGAGGGUGCAGAGGAGAUUUGCCAGGUUGUUGCUUGGGUUCGAAAGCAUAGCUUGAGAGGGAAGGUUUAGUGAGCAAGAGUAUUUCUCUUUGGAGCGAAUGAGGGUGAUAAAUAAUGUAACCCAGGUUAAUUAAACCCGAAAUUGUAAUAUAAAGUUCUACCUGCGGGGGGGGGGGGGGGAGAUGAAAGCGAGGUUUAACGCCAUGCGAAGGAGGGGCGGGCUGGACAUAGGACGGACAAGGAGAGAAACGCAGCAUCGAAUAGAAGCUGAAGACAUGAACCGUUAAGAGUAGAAUUGGUAGUGCGUAUUUUAAUCCCACUAGCUUGAAACCCCUGGAGGAGAGACAACAGCGAUAAGACGUUUAUUGAAGCUACAGCUAUAUGAAACAAUGUCAGCAGUGCCCAAAAUCCUUACCGUGUAGUCGGGAAUUAGUUCAGCAAAAUCAUACCAAGGCAUUUGGUCAAAUUUUGUGCAAGUUUGUGAAUUGACUUACUGUGGAUCAACUAUUUUAUCUAACGAACCAAGAGGGCAAGCCACACAGGUGACGAACCAGUGUGGGAACGGAAUGUGUAAUGAUGCAGGGGAUAUAAAAUGGUUGGAUGUUUAAGUUUAUUUUCAUACGAAGAUUCCGAAGUUGAUUUUCUGCGAGAACUGAUUAUUUUUGCACCGACUUUGAUAAGUUACUGAAUGAGAUUUAUUUUGUUUAAGAGUUGUGAUGUUGGAGAAUUGUGAAAGGAGUUUGUUAAACUGUGUAUGUAUAAUUUUUGAAUUUGAAUUUAAGCUUGCAGAUAUACUGCCUGAAACUGGGACUGAAGUUAACUAUAUUACUUGAGAAUAGGAAUUGUAUUUGGUUUUCUAACUAAUUAGUGAUAAGUAAAAAAGAAAGUUUAGUCUGUAAGCUCUUAAAUAGGGAAUAACACUAGAUCUAAUUAGAGAAAUUGAAGUGACAAAGGCUAUUCCAAUGAAUAUCACUGAUUCUAAUUAAAAAGGAAUUUGUUGUGGUUUGAUAUCUAAGAUUUGGAAAGUAAACAGAAUUUUUGAAUUGUUCUUCCUCAUGUAAAUAUUUUGUGCAUAUUGUUUUUCUUAUAAACAAAACCUUAUUUCCAGAA